UACAUACAUACAUACAUACAUACAUACACACCGUACAUUCACAAAGACGGGACACGCUUACGUACCCGUGCACCCAAUUCUGCAAGCAAGAAAGGGAACAAACACUGCGGCAGCUCGUUCUCACAGAAAGUAAUGUCGUCAGACUCGGACUCGUCAGACAUGUCGGGCACAUUCUCGUCGUCGGAAUAUGGCUCGGAGGCGAGCCCUGUCAAGAGCAAGGGCAAGAGCAAGGACAAGACCAAGGCCAAGGCUGGGGAUAAGGGCAAUGGCAAGGUUUCUGCCGCCUCUCCUGAUGUCGCAUCGGCAGAGGAUGGGGUUGUGACCUCUGGUGGCAUCAGCCAGUCUGGUGACCAGAGCGCGGAUGCUCCGCCUCCCGCUUCUGGAGCUGGGGACGCAAACGAGUCGGCUGGCUCAGACUCGGACUCGGGCUUGAGCUCGGGUUCGGAUCAUGAUGCGCCGAAAGCGCCGUCGUCGGUCCCUCCGCCGGUGCCUACGUCGCGGCCGAAGUUCCAGAAGCGCCGCAAGGAGCGCCCGGCCGUCGCCCCGCCCGCACCACCGUCGGCCACCACAAACAGCGCAGGCUCCGACUCUGUCUCGGCCUCCGACUCUAGCCCUGCGCCCCAGCCGCCAGCGGUUGUGGAUGGGGCUCGCUCCGACUCGGGCUCCGACUCGGAGUCGGACACUGGUGCCGGCGGCGCGGCCGAGGGCAGCGGCAAGGGCAAAGAGGAGAGCGAUGGUGUGCUCGAGGCGGUGGCUACCGGCAAGGAUGCCAACCGGGCGCGGGUCCGCUCGGUCUUGCACAUCUCCGACGACGGCUUGCCGUCGUCGCGGACGCUGACGCCUGCGCCCGAGGAGCUGCUCAAGAAGGACUCACUUCUGGACUCUGUGGAGCUGGGUGGCGAGUCGCUGGUGGUCUCUGUCCUCACCAUGUCGGGGACAAAGAAGGCGCUCAAGGUGACGACCAACGUGACGGUGCAGUUGCUCAAGGAGGAGUUUGCGCGGCGGAUCGGGAUGUACGACCACUCGCUGUUCGAGUUGGUGGACGCGGCCGACUCGUCGGCAGACAGGUGGUUGGAUCCGACCGCACGACUCGGUUCACUCGGGCUCGACCCGGCGGCGGCCAAGAUCACGCUCAAAGUCAAGUACUGGAAGGAGCCGCGGACGCUGACGGACCCCAAGGCGAUUACCCUCAUGUACGAGCAGAUCCAGCACCAUCUUGUGGCCGGAACGUGGCAGGCGUCCGAGGGCCAGACGCUCCUCCUCGGCUCGUACCACAUCCAGGCCAUGUUUGGUGACUUUGUCUCGACCGAGACCACCGUCUCGUACCUCGACGACAUCGAGCUCGACGAGUUCCUCCCGCCGUGGCUCAUCAAGGUCAUGCCCAAGUCGUAUUACGAGAUGCGGUUGGCGCGGCUCCACGAGCGGCUGGCAGGCAAGUUUGCUGACGAGUCUGCGGCGCGAGCGCAGUUUAUCGAGGUGGCGCGGCAGCUGCCGUCGUUUGGUCUCACCAUGUACAUGGUGAGCUCCAAGCGCGGGCGGGCACUGCAAAUCGGCGUGGCUGAGGACGGCCUCUUUGUGCUGGUGCCGUCGCGGUCGCGGGUUGGCUCAAGCUCGGCCAACGCGUCGGCGGUGACCGAGCUCGAGCGGUUCAUCCCGUACACCCGGCUUGUGGCCUGGCGGGCGUCGCCGACUGGCACCUCGUUUGAGCUCGAGUGUAAGUCGCAGGGUCGGACAGUCGGCGCCGAGGACGACGUGCUCGAGUCGGGGGUGGAACGAAUCACGUUCCACGCGUCGCGCACGGUUGUCGACUCGAUCCUUGGCCUCAUCACAGCCUACUAUCGGCUCUUGCUCCACGGCGGGCUUCUUGGUGAGGAGCGGGCGGCCCGCGAAGCCGAGCUCGACGUCGACUGGGCCGCGUACGAGCAGGCGCUGCCGGCGCCGACGGUGUUCAAUCCGCCGGCGCGACGCAAGCUGACCUGGUCGAUCUUCCCCUCGCGGCUGGAGGUCUUCAAGCACAUGCUCAUGCAGGUCUUCCGAACCGAAGGCCUCGCGCCGGUGGUCAAGCUCUGGCACGACGCCGACUUGGCCAUCGACACCAACCGCUGGAUCGGGACGCUUGAGUUGUACCAGGCCGGCCUCACCUCGGCCACGCUCAAGGGCGUCAUGACCGCCAUGGUACAGACGUUCAGCUUCGAGUCGGCGUCGGGCGAGCUCGUGGAGAACUUCAACGUCGAGCACCUGCUCCUCGGCUCGAAUGCGGUGGACAAGGUUGGGACACCGCACCUCGGAUCGGCUCUCACGUCGCCGUCGCUCAUGCGGCUGCGGCUGCGACGCUCGACCUCUCGGACAACGCAUCGAUCGUCGCUAGUCAAGCUUCCGUUCCUCGCGGACCUACUUCUCGCCGGGUGCGACAUCUCGCACAAGGGCGCAACGGCGCUGUUUGAGGCUCUUGCCGGGCACGGGACGCUCGAGCGUCUUGUCCUCGCCCGCAACAAGAUCGCCGACGACCGCGGGUGGGGCCAGCCGCUCAAGGCCAUGCUCCAGCACUCGCAGGCGCUGACCGAGCUCGACUUUUCGUCGAACAAGAUCUCCGAUUCGGGCCUCGAUGCGCUGCUCGGCGGGCUCAUGCUCUCGGCCUCGCUCGUCCACCUCGACGUGUCGGACAACAAGUUUUCAUCCAAGGUUGGUAAGAACCUCGCCAUGUACCUCCUUGCGCCGUCGGUCAAGAUCCGGUCGAUCGCCGUUGGGGCGUGCAAGCUCUCGGCAGACGUCUCUGCCGAGUUUGGGCGGGUCCUCGCCGUCAACACGCAACUGACAUGCCUCAACUUUGCAGGCACCUCGUUCGGCAAGGGUGGCCCGCUGGCGGUCCUCGACGUCCUGCCGGCCUCGCGCUCCCUCGUCCAGCUCGAUCUCUCGGGCACUGGCCUCGACUCCAAGUCGAUGUCUUCGCUCGCGGCGGCUAUCCUGGGCAACGCCACCAUCACCGACCUCAACCUUGCAGACAACAAGCUCGGAUCCGGCAAGCUCGCGCUCAAGGCCGCGCUUGCCAAGAACAAGGUCCUCGCGCGACUCGACCUCUCAAACAAUGGCCUGAAGUCGUCGGACGUUGACGACCUCGCUGGCUCGCUCGAGCGCAACGCCACACUCAAGGUCCUCAUCCUCGACGGCAACUCGUACGGCAACCACGGGCUGGAGCACAUGUGCCGCGCCCUGCAGGCCAACCGUGGCCUGCUCACCCUCUCGAUGGCCCGAUCCAAGGUCGGCGACAAGGGUCUCGUCCUCCUCCCGGCCGCGUUCUCCAACAACAAGUUCCUCCACAACCUCGUCCUCGACGGCAACUCGAUCACCGACUCGGGCCUCCGGUACGUUCUCGACGCGCUCUCCCGCAACAACACCCUCGCCACGCUCUCGCUCGAAGGCAACUCGCUCCGCGACACCACGGCCUUUGCCGCUGACGUUGCCGACAUGACGACGGUCAUCUACGUGUAG